UUUUCUGGAUCAGACAUUUUCCUUCCAUUUUCUCACACUUUCUCACUGGAUUUUCUCACCCUUGACUCCACCAUCAUCACCACCAGCAGCAGACGCUCCCACCCACCUGCUCUUAUCUACUCACAAUGUCGGGCCCACCGAGACUCCGAUCGACCAAUAUUGCCGACACCGAGUCGCGACCGGUCCUCGCACCGGCCGGGAACAACAACACCAGGCCUGCCGAUACCCGUAAACCCGCAUCGAAGAAAUCCGAAAAGCCCUCGCAAGACACGGAGAAGAAGAAAGCUUUGCCCAAUUCUGCGCCGCAAUGCGUCAAGGUUCCGACGAUUUUGAAGCGGCAGCAAGGGGCCGACCACCGCCGCCACCAUUCACUGCUCAAUUCGUCCAUGAAUGCGUCUUUUUCGUCUGAAGCUUCGUCUUCCGACUCGUCGUCUAACAGCGGGAGGGCUUCGAGGCGCGGUGUUGCGCCCCUGAGGCGGAAGCAAUUGGGGAUGAGGUCUGCUGCUGAGAGAAUUGAGACUGAGAGGGCCCCAGUGAGUAAGGUUGGUAGUAAUGUGGUAACUUCGGAUUCUAACGAUUGCUUGGAUAGCAAGAAACGGUGUGCUUGGAUUACUUCCAACACGGAUCUAUGUUAUAUAGCUUUUCAUGAUGAGGAAUGGGGAGUACCGGUCCAUGAUGACAGGAAACUGUUUGAACUUCUCAGCUUGUCGGGUGCUUUGGCUGAACUUACGUGGCCUGCCAUCCUGAACAAAAGACAUUUAUUUAGGGAAGUCUUUUUGGACUUUGACCCAAUUGCCAUUUCGAAAUUGAAUGAGAAAAAAAUUACUUCUCCGGGGAGCCCUGCCAGAACUUUGCUAUCAGAACUAAAACUGCGAGCCAUGAUUGAGAAUGCACGUCAAAUUUGUAAGGUAAUUGAAGAAUUUGGGUCCUUUGACAGGUACAUAUGGAGCUUUGUAAUUCACAAACCGAUAAUUAGCCAAUUCCGCUACCCUCGCCAGGUUCCAGUCAAGACACCCAAAGCAGAAGUCAUAAGCAAGGACCUUGUAAGAAGGGGUUUCCGCAGCGUAGGUCCCACUGUCGUUUACACAUUUAUGCAAGUAGCUGGACUGACAAACGAUCAUCUUACUAGUUGCUUCCGUUUCCCAGAGUGUGUUGUAACAGCAGAAUCAGGGGAAAGAGAUGGUGCGGUCAAGUGUAAGACCGACACAAAAAUCCCUAUUGAGCCAGCUGAUUUUGAAGAACUUUCAAGAGCUGUGGAAGAGUUGGUGAGGCGUACAGAAGAAGAGUUGUAAAUUAUUUCAUUUGACUGAGACUUACGGUGAGAUGUACUUUUGGGGUGUUGAGGAUGUGUUUGUGUACAAAAGCUACGAACAUAUAAAACUUUAGGAUCACUUUGCUUUUUUUUUCUUUGAAUACAAUGAAAGUAGUUAUUAAUGGUCAUGGUUA